AUGGGAAUUUCCCCUUGUGAAACUGGGAAUGUUGAUUUGGGCACAGUAGCAGCCAACACAGUCAGUAAUGUCAAAUCCCGGGUCAGCCAGAAUAAGGUCUCCACUCUCCAGCCAGGCAGUAACCCAUCAGUGCCAGAUUCUCCAGACUACCCUCUGUCAUUCCAGUCAGUGCCAGAUUCUCCAGACUACCCUCUGUCAUUCCAGUCAGUUCCAGAUUCUCCAGACUACCCUCUGUCAUUCCAGUCAGUGCCAGAUUCUCCAGACUACCCUCUGUCAUUCCAGUCAGUGCCAGAUUCUCCAGACUACCCUCUGUCAUUCCAGUCAGUGCCAGAUUUUCCAGACUACCCUCUGUCUUUCCAGUCAGUGCCAGAUUCUCCAGACUACCCUCUGUCAUUCCAGUCAGUGCCAGAUUGUCCAGACUACCCUCUGUCAUUCCAGUCGGUGCCAGAUUCUCCAGACUACCCUCUGUCAUUCCAGUCAGUGCCAGAUUCUCCAGACUACCCUCUGUCAUUCCAGUCAGUUCCAGAUUCUCCAGACUACCCUCUGUCAUUCCAGUCAGUGCCAGAUUCUCCAGACUACCCUCUGUCAUUCCAGUCAGUUCCAGAUUCUCCAGACUACCCUCUGUCAUUCCAGUCAGUGCCAGAUUCUCCAGACUACCCUCUGUCAUUCCAGUCAGUGCCAGAUUCUCCAGACUACCCUCUUGUCAUUCCAGUCAGUGACAGAUUCUCCAGACCACCUCUGUCAUUCCAGUCAGUGCCAGGUUCUCCAGACUACCUCUGUCAUUCCGCCAGUUCCAGAUUCUCCAGACUACCCUCUGUCAUUCCAGUCAGUUUCAGAUUCUCCAGACUACCCUCUGUCAUUCCGCCAGUGCCAGAUUCUCCAGACUACCCUCUGUCAUUCCAGUCAGUGCCAGAUUCUCCAGACUACCCUCUGUCAUUCCAGUCAGUGCCAGGUUCUCCAGACCACCUCUCCUCAUUGUGUGGCCAAAGAACUUGUACUGCUUUUCGUGCACUGCUUGCAUAA